AUGGAUAAAACCACGUAUGUGUGUGAUCGUGGCAAUAAUCUGGUCAAAGCAUUAGAAGAUCAUGAAUUUGUUCAUUGUUUUCCUCAUCGAUUAAAUAAAGUGGUCAAACGAGCGUUUUAUAGUGCUGGUACAGCAGAGAAGAACGAGAAAAAGAAGAAAGGAUCAACAAAGAAGAACCAGAACAAUGACCAAUUUAGCCAAAUUUCUUUUAUUACGGAUGAUGAAGAUCCUUUGAUGGACUACGAUGAUUGA